AUGGAUUUGGCAAGCCUUCUCCACGGCGCCGCCCCGGUGCCCAGGCUCUAUACCGAGACCUACGGCAAGCGCUCACUACAAGCGCCUCUUUCGCCUCCAGUGGAGGAUCAGCCGAAGUGUUCGCUGCCUUCAAUCUCGACGUUGCUCGAGGGUGCAGAUGGAGCUCAUCACUCAGCUAAGCGUCAACGGCUAAGCCCACCCGCUCACCAGCGCGAUGCUCGCUUCGACACUGUCUGUAUGCCUCCUACGCCACCCCUCCGUCCUGGCUCAGGAUCCGGCCACAACAGCAUCUCCCACUCGCCCGUCGAGCUCAACACCCCCAAACACACCUCUCCCAACCCGCACCGCUCCUCCAUCUCCAGCACAGCCAGCUCCACGGCGCCUCAACGCCACCACACCUACGGGCCCUACGCCUCCCCAGCACCCAGCAUCUCCUCCUCCGCCUCUUCCACAACCUCAUCAACCUACACCUCCCCCGUGGAACCCUCCGCUCCCACAACAACAACCCCCCUCUACUACCCCCGCCCCUCAGCAACAACAACCUUCAACCCAGCACCAACCCCAAUCAACACAACCACACCACCAACCCAACAGCAACAGCAGCAACAACCCACCCAGCAAUCCCCCUCCAUCAUCUCCCCCGUCACCCCAGCCUGGCCACACCAACACCAGCACCACCACUACUUCCCUCCCUCCAGCGCAGCGCCCUACCAACAAAACCACGACCGCUACAUCUGCCGCACCUGCCACAAGGCCUUCUCGCGCCCAUCCAGUCUGCGCAUCCACUCACACUCGCACACGGGCGAGAAACCCUUCCACUGCACCCACCCAGGGUGUGGCAAGGCCUUCUCCGUGCGCAGUAACAUGAAGCGCCACGAGCGGGGCUGUCACUCUGGUCGUCCGGCUGUUCCCGCGCCGCAGGCGUUGGUGUCUUAA